UGUGGCAGGGCAGAUAUUCCAUCAGAGCUCCAACAUGCCCUCAGAGUCUGGAAAGAGAUUCAAACCCAGCAAGUAUGUACCGGUCUCAGCAGCUGCCAUCUUCCUAGUGGGAGCUACAACACUCUUCUUUGCCUUCACGUGUCCAGGACUAAGCCUGUAUGUGUCACCUGCAGUGCCCAUCUACAAUGCGGUUAUGUUUCUCUUUGUGCUGGCCAACUUCAGCAUGGUCACCUUCAUUUUUCCUCGAGCUGAGGAGGAUGAAGACAAAGAAGAUGAUUUCCGAGCUCCUCUUUACAAAACAGUAGAGAUCAAAGGCAUUCAGGUGCGCAUGAAAUGGUGUGCCACCUGCCGUUUCUAUAGGCCUCCCAGAUGUUCCCAUUGCAGUGUCUGUGACAACUGUGUGGAGGAAUUUGAUCAUCACUGCCCCUGGGUGAACAACUGUAUUGGUCACCGGGAUCGUUAUUUCUUCCUAUUCCUCCUUUCCCUGACAGCCCAUAUCAUGGGUGUGUUUGGCUUUGGCCUCCUCUAUGUCCUCUACCCCAUUGAGGAACUCUCAGGGGUCUGCACAGCUGUCACAAUGGCAGUGAUGUGUGUGGCUGGCUUAUUCUUUAUCCCUGUAGCUGGCCUCACAGGAUUUCAUGUGGUGCUGGUGGCUAGGGGACGCACAACCAAUGAACAGGUUACGGGUAAAUUCCUAGGAGGUGUAAACCCCUUCACCAAUGGCUGCUGUAACAACGUCAGCCGUGUCCUUUGCAGUUUUCCAGCACCCAGGUAUUUGGGGAGACCAAAGAAAGAGAAGACAAUUGUAAUCAGACCUCCUUUCCUUCGACCAGAAGUGUCAGAAGGGCAGAUAACUGUGAAGAUCAUGGAUAAUGGCAUCCAGGGAAAACUGAGGAGAACUAAGUCUAAAGGAAGCCUAGAGAUAACAGAGAGCCAGUCUGCAGAUGCAGAACCUCCGCCUCCUCCUAAGCCAGACCUGAGCCGUUACACCGGGCUGCGAACACACCUAAGCCUGGCUACUAAUGAGGAUAGUAGCCUUUUGGGGAAGGACAGCCCCCCGACACCGACCAUGUACAAGUAUCGGCCAGGUUACAGUAGCAGCAGCACAUCAGCCGCCAUGCCUCAUUCUUCAUGCGCUAAGUUGAGUCGUGGGGACAGCUUGAAGGAGCCAACCUCAAUUGCAGAAAGCUGCCGCCAUCCCAGCUACCGCUCAGAGCCAAGCUUGGAGCCAGAGAGCUUCCGAUCUCUCACCUUUGGCAAAAGUUUUCUUUUUGAUCCACUAUCCAGUGGCUCACGCUCUUCCAGUCUCAAGUCAGCCCAGGGCACAGGCUUGGAGCUGGGCCAGUUUCAGUCUAUUCGUUCAGAGGGCACCACUUCCACCUCCUAUAAGAGCCUGGCCAAUCAGACACGCAAUGGAAGCCUGUCAUAUGACAGUCUACUUACUACUUCAGACAGCCCUGAUUUCGAGUCAGUGCAGGCAGGGCCUGAGCCAGAUCCACCUUUAGGAUAUACUUCUCCCUUCCUCUCAGCCCGGCUGGCCCAGCAACCAGAAGCUGAGCGGCACCCACGUUUGGUGCCAACCGGUCCAACACACCGGGAGCUCUCACCAGUCCGUUACAACAAUCUGUCACGCCAUAUUGUGGCCUCCCUUCAGGAACGAUUGAAGCUGCUACGACAGUCACCCCCACUUGCGGGCCAUGAGGAAGAACCAGGCUUGGGGGACUCGGGCAUUCAGUCAACUCCAGGCUCAGGCCAUGCCCCUCAUACUAGUUCCUCCGCAGAUGAUUCGAAGAGAUCGCCCUUGGGCAAGACUCCACUGGGACGCCCAGCUGUUGUUCCCCGUUUUGGCAAACCAGAUGGGCUAAGGGGCCGGGGACUAGGGUCACCGGAACCAGGCCCAACUGCCCCAUAUCUGAGCCAAUCAAUGUCUUACAGCAACCAAAAAGCCCCACCUGGUGUCUCUGAGAGAGAGGAAGUUGCAUUGCAGCCAUUAUUGACACCCAAAGAUGAAAUACAGCUCAAGACCACCUACAGCAAAUCCAUCGGGCAGCCCAAAAUAGGCUCAGCCUCCGCUGGCCAGCCACCACGUAGUAGUCCCACAAGGGGAGGAGUCAAGAAGGUGUCAGGGGUGGGUGGUACCACUUAUGAGAUUUCCAUGUGAGCCUUCAAUGUCUUUCCUCCCCCAUGCCUCUGCACCUACACCAAAGGGCCCCAGAUGGCCACCUUCCUUCCCUCAAGGGGCUGCCCUACCAUGCAUGGACAUUUUCUAAACCACUGAUUCCAAGAGAAUGAGGAGUGUUUUAUAAAAUGCCACAGGGCUGGGGAGUUGGAGAAUUGGGGCCCUGAGACUGGGGUAGCAACCCCCUUUGACCUUUUAAGACCUUCCCUGAAUCCCUGGACCAGACUCAGCGGACACUUGUGCAAUUGCUCGCCCUGGAGGGAACCAGAUCAUUU